CUUUUCUCCUUUAUAUUUUACAUUCAUGGAUUCCAACAAUUAUUGUUUCUCACCACGGUGUCAACAACCACAUGAUGAUCAAGUAUUAUCUCCUCCAUUAACCCCAGCAUUAUCACCAUAUAAACGUGAUUUGAAUUAUCGUCGUGCUUCAACCAAUGAUUAUCAUCAUCCUUAUUGGGUAAAUCAUACUGCUCCAUCACCACAACAACCACGAGCUAUGUCUUUUUCUGAUGAAGCCGCCUCUUCAAGAAAACGACCUCUCAAACAAAACAAACAUGCUUGUAGUUAUCCUCGUUGUGGAUGGAGUUUUAAACGCUUUGAACAUUUAAAACGUCAUAUGUUGGUACAUACAGGAGAACGUCCUCAUGGUUGUCCAUUCCCUGGUUGUGGUAAACGCUUCAGUCGUACUGAUAAUUUUCAUGCUCAUUAUCGAACUCAUGCAAAAAAGGCUCUUCAAAAGAAUAAUGAUGAUUUCAUUCAUCCUCCUUCUUUACCUCCUCCUCCUUCUUUACCAAAUCAUCUUUACAAAUCAAAUUUACCUACUACUUCUACUUCUCCAUCUAGCAAUUUAAAUGUUCCCCAUCCAAUAAGAUUUAAACGAUUGGAACAUUUGAAGCGGCAUAUGCGAAUUCAUACUUUGGAACGACCAUUUCAAUGCAGUUAUCCAGGAUGUCAAAAAGCUUUUUCCAGAAGUGACAAUUUAACCCAACAUAGUAAAACCCAUUUGAGAUCACAU